GUCACCACCGGUCGGUGCGGGGUUGGGGGGGUGGCGCGGGCAGGUUCGGUGAGGGGGGAGGAGGUAGGGGCGACGCGCGCGGCCGAUAAGAUGGCGGCGGUAUCGGUGUGAGGAUGGGGCGGGUCGAGAUCACGCGCUGUCGCUGAGGGGCGGUGGGGCCUGGCACCGAGUGGGGCCGAGCAGCCCCCGGCCGCAGCCGCCAUGCCGUGGCCCUUCUCCGAGUCCAUCAAGAAACGGGCCUGCCGCUACCUGCUGCAGCGCUACCUCGGCCACUUCCUGCAGGAGAAGCUCAGCCUGGAGCAGCUCAGCCUGGACCUCUACCAGGGUACCGGCUCCCUGGUGCAGGUCCCGCUCGACAAGUGGUGUCUAAAUGAGAUCCUGGAGUCAGCAGAUGCACCUCUAGAAGUCACGGAGGGAUUUAUCCAGACAAUUUCUUUGUCCGUUCCCUGGGGGUCAUUGCUACAGGAUAACUGUGCACUAGAAGUGAAAGGAUUAGAGAUGGUCUUCAGGCCAAGGCCUCGUCUAGCAUCUGGGUCUGAGCCUAUGUAUUGGUCAAGCUUUAUGACCAGCAGCAUGCAACUUGCAAAAGAGUGUCUGAGUCAAAAAUUGACAGAUGAACAAGGAGAAGGAUCUCAGCCUUUCGAAGGGCUUGAGAAGUUUGCAGAAACUAUUGAAACAGUUCUAAGAAGAGUAAAAGUUACCUUUUUGGAUACUGUUUUGCGAAUUGAACAUGUGCCAGAAAAUUCUAAAAGUGGAUCUGCACUUGAAAUCCGAAUAGAAAGAACUAUGUACUGUGAUGAAACUGCUGAUGAAUGCUCUGGAAUUAAUGUACAUCAGCCCACAGCAUUUGCUCACAAGUUACUUCAGCUCUCGGGCGUCUCUUUCUUCUGGGACGAGUUUCCUGCAUCAGCAAAGUCCUCACCAGUGUGUUCAGCUACGCAGUUGGCAACCGAACCAAAGCUUUCACCUAGCUGGAACCCAAAAAUUGUAUAUGAGCCACAUCCACAAUUAACAAGAAACUUGCCAGAAGUUCCUCCCUCUGACCCUGUACAGAUUAGUAGGCUGAUUGGGAGAAUGGAGCUGAGUCUUACCUUAAAGCAAAAUGAAGUACUUCCUGGAGCUAAGUUGGAUGUAGAUGGACAGAUAGAUUCUAUACACCUGUUCCUGUCACCAAGGCAGGUACAUCUUUUACUGGACAUUUUAGCAGCCAUUGCUGGACCAGAGAGCCCCAGUAGGAUAGAAUUGUCAAAUAAAGAUAGGAAGAACAGACCAAUGCAACAGGAAGAUGAGUAUCGGAUUCAGAUGGAGUUGAAGCGUUACUUGCGAAAAGACUCUUUAUCAGCAGGAGUAUCAUCUGAGCAGAGCUUUUAUGAGACAGAGACAGCCAGAACGCCUUCUAGCCGUGAAGAAGAAGUUUUCUUCUCAAUGGCUGAUAUGGACAUGUCUCAUAGCCUUUCCUCUCUUCCACCUCUCGGAGACCCACCAACUAUGGAUCUAGACCUGUCUUUAACUAGUACCUACACUACUACCCCAGCAGGAUCUCCUCUGAGUGCUACAGUGCUUCAGCCAACUUGGGGUGAUUUUCUGGAUCAGAAUAAACAUGAGCCACCACCACCAAGAGGUUCAUCACUUGCACCCAAUAUAGUUCACCAACCACCCUUAAGAAGGACUUCCAUUCCAUCCCGAUCUGUUUCAGUGGAUGAAUCCAGACCUGAGCUGCUUUUUAGACUGGCUGUGGGGACUUUCUCAGUAUCUGUACUACAUAUUGACCCUCUGCCACCACCUGAAACUUCACUGAACAUUAACCCCUUGACACCAAUGGCAUUGGAUUUCUUUACCCGAAUAGAAAAGAUUGAUCCAGUUAAGUUUUCAACAGAAGAUUUUAUGUCCUUCCGGGAAGUGUUUGCAGAGGCUUGUUCUCAUGACCACCUUAGAUUUAUAGGUAGUGGCAUCAAAGUGUCUUAUGAACAAAGACAGAGGUCUGCAUCUCGAUGUUUCAGUACAGAUUUAUCCAUUGGGCAAAUGGAACUUUUGGAAUGCCUUUUCUCUACUGAUUCCCAUUCCGUUCAACCUCAUUAUACAGAGCUGCUAACAUUUCAUUCUGAGAGAGAAAAUGAUUCACAUCCUACUUCAUGCCUUCAGCUCCAUUAUAAACACUCAGAUAAUAGAGGGCCUCAGGGUAGUCAAGGAAGACUGAGCUCUGUUCCACAGAAAGCAGAAUUACAAGUCAAAUUGAAUCCAGUGUUCUGUGAACUGGACAUCAGUAUUGUGGACAGACUAAAUUCUUUGCUUCAGCCACAGAAACUAACCACGGUGGAGAUGAUGGCAUCUCACAUGUAUGCUUCUUACAACAAACACAUUAGUCUGCAUAAAGCCUUUACUGAGGUUUUUCUGGAUGAUUCACGUACACCUGCAAACUAUAGAAUUUCAGUCCAAGUCACAGCACCAGCAUUAGAUCUUUCUGUUCGCUUCCCAAUACCUGAUCUACGGUCAGAUCAGGAAAGAGGACCAUGGUUUAGAAAAUCGCUUCAGAAGGAGAUCCUUCAUCUUGAGUUUACAGAUAUGGAAUUUAAGACUGAGCUUAUAGGAGGUUCAACCCCAGAACAAAUUAAAUUGGAGCUUACCUUUAAGGAGCUAACUGGCUUGUUUGAAGAAGACAAAGCAGAAUCUUCGGUAAAAUUUUUUCAAGUAUGCAGUGGCAUAGAUGGAGAUCUGACAACCUCUGACAACUUUGACUGGCCUCGGAUUGUGCUUAAAAUAAACCCACUAGCUGUACACUCCAUUCUGGAAAGGAUAGCACCAGAAGAAGAGGAAGAGGGAGAUGGUAACUUUCAAGAGGAAGAGGAAGGGGGAUCUCAUUCUCUCAAGGAUGUCUGUGAUUUUAGAAGACCAGAGCCUUCCCCUUUUUCUUCUCGUAGGGUCAUGUUUGAAAAUGAAGAGAUGGUCAUGCCAGGAGAUGCAGCUGAGAUGACAGAAUUUCAGGAAAAAGCAAUCAGCAAUUCUCAUUAUGUACUGGAACUUACAUUACCAAAUGUUCACUUAACACUGCCAAACAAGAGCUUUUAUGAGAAACUUUACAAUAGGAUCAGCAAUGAUUUAUUAUUGUGGGAACCUACAGCCCCGUCUCCUGUAGAAACAUUUGAAAAUAUUUCAUACGGCGUUGGACUCUCAGUGGCCAGCCAGUUGAUCAAUACUUUUAAUAAAGACGGCUUUAGUCCAUUUAAAUCUGCAAUACAUUAUGUAGAUGAUGAGAGUGGAUCUGAGGAGGAAACUCUGCAAUAUUAUUCUACGGUUGAUCCAAACUAUCGUUCACGCAGGAAGAAGAAGCUUGAAUCACAGAACAAGAACACACAGAGCUUUCUUUCUGUUCUGUUAAAUGUUAACCAUGGAUUAGUGUCAAUAUUCACAGAUGUAAAGGAAGAUGAUGGAAAUAUACUGGAAGGAAGGCAUGGUGAAUUCUGGUUUGAGUUUAAGAGUGGCUCAUUGUUUUGUGUGACUAAAUAUGAAGGUUUUGAAGACAAACAUUACAUCUGUCUUCAUUCUAGCAGCCUCAGUUUAUAUCAUCAAGGUAUGGUCGAUGGAACUGUUCCUUCAUCUGAGAUACGCCUGCCUAGUAUGAUACAUCCCCAUUGGUUAGAACCUACCAUUUAUUUUUCUGAAGAAGAUGGUCUCUGCGGGACGUCUUCAGAUGGUGUGGGAGUGGACUGUUUAAGUAUGCUCUCUGUUGCAGUGAAAAUCCAGUCUGAUAAACUGGAAAGCAAUACAAAGGAAUUUCUAGUUGCUGUAGGACUAAGAGGAGCCACUCUGCAGCACAGGGUAUUGCCUUCAGGCCUAAGCUGGCAUGAACAGAUUUUAUGUUUUUUGAACAUUUCUGAUGAGCCUGUUUUGGGAUACAAUCCUCCAGCUUCCAUUACAACUUUUCAUAUUCACCUGUGGAGUUGCGCUCUUGAUUACAGACCUAUCUUUCUGCCAAUCAGAUCUCUGCUUACUGUUGAAACUUUCAGCAUUUCCAGCAGCAUUGCAUUAGAUAAGUCCUCUUCUACUCUCAGAAUAAUCCUAGAUGAGGCUGCUUUACAUUUGUCAGACAAGUGUAACACAGUUGCAGUGAAUAUGCAUAGAGAUUAUGUUCGUGUUAUGGAUAUGGGACUACUGGAAUUGACCAUAACAGCAAUAAAACCUGGUUCUGAUCAGGAGAGAACAAAACCACACUUUGAGCUACACUGUUCCAGUGAUAUAAUCCAUAUCCGAACAUGCUCAGACUCUUGUGCUGCACUAAUGAAUCUUAUACAAUAUAUUGCAUGUUAUGGGGAUUUGCAUCCACCUAGUAAGACGGAAGUUAAAUCUGGAGCUGUCAAGCAGAAAACUAAGGCAGAUGUCUCUAGCCGACCAUCUUCUGAAGGACCAGUCCUUGCGGAAGCAGAACAACAGAUUUUACGCGAUUUAAUGAGUGAUGCUAUGGAAGAAAUUGAGAUCCAUCAAGCUGCUUCCCCCAUUAAACCACAAUCUAAUGGAAUUUUGAAUGAGAAAUCUCAAACUCGAGAGCCGUCUUGCUCAGAUCUCUUUCUGUUUCCUGAUGAAAGUGGGAACAUCUCACAAGAACCAAGUCCCACUUAUUCUUUUACUCACCACUUGAUAAAUGAGGCAAUGGGAGAUGUACCUACUGAAAAUGAUGACUUCUGCAUUCUCUUUGCACCCAAGGCUGCUGUGUCUGAAAAGGAGGAGGAGCCUGUAGUGAAAGUAAUGGUUGAUGAUCCCAUUGUGGUAAAAGAAAACCAUUUCAGCCAGCCUCUAAAAAAAACAGAUACCAGCAAAGCCCCUCUUCAUUUUCCUAUCCCUUUGGUACGCUAUGUUGUGAAGGAAAUCUCUCUUAUUUGGCAUCUCUAUGGAGGAAAGGAUUUGGGGCCUGCACCUCCUACUUCUCCAGCUAAGAGUUUUAUUAGUCCUCAUAGUUCUCCUUCUCACACACCAACAAAACAUGGACGUAGCACUGUAUGUGGGGGAAGAAGAAGAAACCCAGAUUUCUUGAUGGAAAUACAGUUAAGUAAGGUGAAAUUCCAACACGAGGUGUACCCUCCAGUUGGGCCAGAAUGUGAAUCCAAUCUACUGGAGCAGCCGGUGUCCAGGCAGGUUUUUAUUGUUCAGGACCUGGAGAUCAGAGAUCGCUUGGCAACAUCACAAAUGAAUAAAUUUCUCUAUCUCUACUGCAGUAAGGAAAUGCCCAGAAAAGCACAUUCCAAUAUGUUAACAGUUAAAGCAUUACACGUCCGUCCAGAGUCUGGCAGAUCACCACAGGAAUGUUGUUUACGAGUGUCAUUAAUGCCACUUCGCCUCAAUAUUGACCAGGAUGCCUUGUUUUUUCUGAAGGAUUUUUUUACUAGCCUUUCUUCAGAAGUGGAACUAUUAACUACGCCAGAUCCAGAAGUGAAAAAGUCUCCUGGUGCUGAUGUAACCUGUACCUUACCCAGGCAUUUCAGCAACUUCAAGGACCCAAGUCCAGUCAUUUCUUUCACAGUACACAAACAAUCAAGCCAAAAUGGUAGUGCUGACUCUGUGGAUGUAGUUAAUGGAGAUGACCAUUAUUUCUCUCAUGAAAUGGCAUCAUAUAGGGAUCAACCAAUUUUUUUUAGAGAAUUUCGAUUUGCAUCAGAAGUUCCAAUACGACUUGAUUACCACGGCAAACACGUAUCGAUGGAUCAGGGUACUUUAGCUGGGAUUCUGAUCGGUCUUGCUCAAUUAAAUUGCUCAGAGUUAAAGCUGAAGAGACUCUGCUAUCGACAUGGUUUGUUGGGUGUGGAUAAAUUAUUCUCUUAUGCUAUUACUGAGUGGCUUAAUGAUAUAAAGAAAAACCAACUGCCGGGAAUUCUGGGAGGAGUAGGGCCCAUGCAUUCUUUAGUACAAUUAGUUCAAGGUCUGAAGGAUUUGGUGUGGCUACCAAUAGAGCAGUACCGAAAGGAUGGUCGUAUUGUAAGAGGCUUUCAAAGAGGAGCAGCUUCCUUCGGUACUUCCACUGCAAUGGCAGCUUUAGAGCUAACAAACAGGAUGGUUCAAACUAUACAGGCAGCUGCAGAAACUGCUUAUGACAUGGUUUCCCCAGGCCCUAGUUGUAUUGAGACAAAAAAGAUGAAGCGAUUAUCUCGCUAUCGCUUGGCUCAUCAGCCAGUAGAUCUACGGGAAGGUGUGGCUAAAGCCUAUAGUGUGGUAAAAGAGGGGAUUACAGACACUGCCCAGACCAUCUACGAAACUGCUGCUCGUGAACAUGAAAACAGAGGGGUAACUGGAGCAGUGGGAGGAGUCCUCCGCCAAAUUCCACCAGCUGUUGUGAAGCCUCUCAUUGUUGCAACAGAGGCAACAUCAAAUGUGUUAGGUGGAAUGCGAAACCAAAUUAGGCCAGAUGUACGUCAAGAAGAGUCUCAAAAAUGGCGUCUUGGUGAGGAUUGAUAUUUUGAUCUGGCUCAGCAUGAGGCUGGGAGUAUAAGAGAUGAUGUCCAAACAGCAGCUGUAGAUGGAACUCAUUUCAUUAUGCUCAUCUCAGGAACAGAAGAGGUUUUCAAACAGCUUGAUGGCAGAACAUCCAACCAAAAACUUCAGCAAUGAAAAGCAAAGUGGUAUUUGCUUGUGGACAUGCUGCAUGUUACCAAACCAUUUGGUAGCUAGUGCCAAAUAUAGUGGAGCAUUUGCUGCCAAGUUAGAGACAUGCUUGCUUUAUUUCAUUUACCAUGUUUUCCUUGGUACAUUUGAUGUGUCAUUAACAGCAGUCCAUCUGGUCACACUAGAUAUAUUUUGAAAUGUUUUCUUGAGUAUGCUCAAACUGUCUUCAAUAAAGGGCUCCACAGAUGCUUUUUGGUAACUGAAAGAUAAAAGUUUUAACUUGUGUUGUGAUUGGGAAGCCAUGAUAUGGAAGCAGAUAGGAUUUUGAUGAUUUUGUGUUGAUGAACAUUGCUUUUAGUAUAGGACUUAAAACAAGGGUAAUCUCUCAGUAACUGUUCCGAAUUUAGACUAAUUUUUUCUGAACAAGAAUUGUUCCUUCUAAAUAUCAAACUCCUAUUUUUUGUGGGUUUUUGAAGAACCUGAAUGUUGCAGACAUGUUCUGUUGUGUUGCACUUUAAAGAAUAUGCCUGUAUAUUUUGCUUUUUUAUAGUGUUAAUAAAAUGUAAUGUGCAUUAUUCUUUUAUGUGGUUUAGAGACUUAUGCAAAUUAUUGAAAGGGACAUCAUUUGAUGAAGACCCUAAAAAACAGAACACAGAAUAAGAUGUGUCUUACAUUUGUUUAUUUCUGAUAAGAGGUACCAGUUUCUUUGUCGUCUUGUCAACCAGCAGCUAUGCUAAAAAUAGCUGUACUCUUAAAUAGAAGGCUAUUACAGUAUUGUGUUAGGUAGGAGGAGUUUCUUGGCAAGAUGAGGUCCCUAAACCAAGUAACAAUAUUUCAUUUAAUAGUUUAAUUAAAAUGCUACGCAGCAUGUAUUUUAAUAAGCUACCUUUUAUUUAAAGAUUCCAUUGUUGCACAGUAGUGUUACGGCACUCAAACAACAUGGCAUUUUUAAAAAUUCCGUUAGUACAGUGUUGAUUAUCUGAAUGUCAUGAAGGGACAUAAAUUAAAAUAAGCUAAUUAAUAUUGGGGCUAGUCCAUGUUUGUUAGAUACAUAAAGAACAAACAAAAACUCAGAACUGAUCUUUACAUUGUUUCCAGGUUCCCUGGGAACCCAAUUGUCACUUGAGGGCAGGGCCUGGGCAGAUCUUAUUAAUGGAGUAUGGCUAGUAGGUGAACAGGCAAAACUGCUGAGAAUGAGCUGUAGAGUAAACCCCCUAUACCUGGACUUCUGCAACAAGUGCGGGAGAUAGAAGAUGAGGAGGAAAACCCUCCCAAUUGUUGACAGUUUGAGUGUGGGGGAUGAUUAGCUAGACCCUCAGUUGAUGCAGUUGCUGUCCUUGCCAAAUAGAAGCAGUGCAGACUUGCUACAUCCAGUUCUCUGCUAGAGGGAGGAAUGCUUAAGAAGCUUUCAAGGUGUUAAGCAAGGAAUGGACCUUCCUCCUUUAUUUUAUUCCCUGCCAGCAACAACACUGCACCUAGUGCUUGAUCCCUCAUGGAAAAUAGCAAAAGGUACUCACCAGAUGGAGAGGAAGAACCGUGGCCUACUUGCCCUAGCAGUUUGCUACCCAUUCCUAAGUAGUAGCUGAAGGACAGCUGAGUGACUUACAAGCAGCCUAUAAAGAAAACUGCCAGUUAACAUUCUUCUUGUAAACAGAUGUUCAGUUAAAAACAAUGUUUUGAUCAGAACAGCAUACUGCUGGCUUUGCUUUAUAUCUAAAGAAUGCACUUAAUUGUGGUGGUACUCCUGGUCAAAUGACUGGUUGUCUCAUCCCAACUGAGCAGAUGCAAUUAAAAAAACAACACCUGGAGAUCAAUAGCAUGAAUGACUAUACUGUAAUAAAAAUGCUUGUGGCAUCUCAUGUUUUUUUCCCCUCACCUAAUCAAUAUUUGGCAAUUUCUUUAUUUUACACCAAUAACCACUUGGUGCCUCUUGAAUGCAUCAUCACUAAGUGGAUUUAUGCUAACAAUAAUAAUCAUUAUGCAUUAGUUGUUACUAUGUGCUAUUACCAGGCUACAUGAUUUCUCUCAGAAAUAUUCCAGCAUAGAAACCAAGCUGGUUAGGUGUGGCCCCAUUAUUUGGAGUAUAUCCUACCUCCAUAGCAGCAUAGUUCUGCACAUCUGUCAUAUACAUAAACUCUUUGACAUAGCUGAACUUAAGAAGUCAUUCAUUUUGUUUUCAAAUUUUCCAUGAUCAACGUUUACAGUAAUACACUUAGAAUAUAUUUUCUAUCCAGAGACAUGCUGUCAAGGUCAAAUAGUAUAUUUUUAUAAGCUGCCUUUUUUGCAGUCUGUUAAUAGUGCACAUUUUUAAACUUCACUUUUCACUAUUUCUAUUGGCUGUUUAAGUCUUUACAUUUCAUUCACCCUGCUUAAUGAAACCAGUCUUUUAAUGGCCAGCUGCUUGGUUUACAUGUUCUAUACAGGCAUACCACACAGGAAACACCAUGCCCUUCCCAAAUGCUAUUCUAAUCUUCCUCCCCUGCCGCAUCCGGUGCUCUGUUUUCUGCUGUGUCCUGUUUGCCACCGUGCUGCCUACCCACUUCCCAGUCCGUCACAUGCAAUGUACAGAGGGUCCCCCUGCUACUUUUAUGUUUGCCACAGGUUGGCAAUUGGCAAUGCCUAAUGUGUUAUGAAUGCUGCAGGGGAUUUUUUUAAUAUUACAGCAAGAAUAACAACCUUUAAAUUCAGACAGUGUCCCCUUAAGAUGUUCUGUGGACAAUCUAUGCUCUCAAUCAAAAAAAAAAUUGUAGAAGAUGUACAAAAAGGGAUUCACCAAAUAUACUGUUCAUCACCAUAAGUGUGUUGAGCAAUUUACAAAAUGAGUUCCCUGUUUCGUAGAUGUUAUCUCAGAAGUGGACAGAUGUAGUGCUACACUUCUCCAUUAGCAUGAGGAGAAGGGUCACAGGGUUAUCAAACUUGAAUUCUCCACUGUAAAAACUGUUAUAGUUACUAACACUUUUCAUGACUUUUAGGGAGUGUAUGCAGGUGCAAUCUGUACAAUUUACAUAUCACGUGGAUGUAAAAUAAUGUACACAGCUUGAUAAUUUGUUUUUUUUUCCUUUUUCCAUACAAAAACUCAAUAAAGUUAUUGAGUCAACUGACACUACCUUUACUAUUGUGUAGUCUGAUGUUCUCCAGAGAGACAGGCUUAGAACUGUCAUCUUCAUUUUCUUAAGCUUCUUGGCAUGUAAAAUACUAGUGAUACGUGUCCUGGAAUUACCCGAGAGCUUUUCUGUCCUUCUAAGAAAACCUCUUUAUAAACACCUCACCUGGGAUUGAAACGAACCUGUGACCACUUCCAUUCAGAGGAGACUUUCUCGUAUUAAUUGAAAGCUGCUAAAUUUCAGGACAGAACGCAAUUCUAAUGAUGCAAUGUAUUCAGUACUUGCUUUCUGAUUCAGGAGGUUAGGAUAGGUCAGUGAUUUCACACACUGGUGGAUGGUAGAUGUAUUCAUCUUUCAUCAGUGAAAGAACAUGGGUGUGGGGGUUAAUCUUUUAAUUGCUCCUAGUUAUUUUAUCAAUGUUUCAAUGUUUGAUGUAGCUAACAAGAGAUGGGUUUCCUUGCUAGAGCAAAAUGCCAUUUAAUGGCAAGAUGGCAUCAAGAAGCUAAAUUCCUUUUUUGCUGGACUUGUUCCAGACACCUGAAAGUGUGACACCUGAAUUAUUUCAAGUACAUUCAAAUAUAUUUAUUUGCAAAACAACAGUGAAAUCCAGAAGUUAGUUUAGAUUAAGUGCAUAUUCCUCAUGUCUCAGAUUUCACAGCAAUACAAGCUUCUUCAACAUAAAGAUGGUAGAUACUAAAUCAGUUUAGCUGCGUCUUUUCAUCUAGCUCUAAUCCAUGUCUAGUCUUCACAGUCUCUGCUGUUUUAACUUUGCUCUAAAUUUUCCCAAUCUUGUUUACAAUAAAAGUAAUCACAAAAUUAGUUUAAAAUGUUAAUCAUGCAUUUAUACUGGAUUUCUUAAAGCUAAUACAGCUUAGACAAAAGAGGAAUGGUUUGUGUAUAUGUAUCUGUAUAUUUUUUUACAUAUUUGUAGUCAAAGUAGUUUUGUGGCAUUGUUUGUAUAUAGUCUGCUAGUGUAAAGCCUGUAUAAUCUUAUGACAUCAGAAACCACUCUUGAAGGGAAUUUAAAUAUUUAAUCUUCCUUUAUUUUGCUUAAAGUACUUGUACCCUCAAUACAUGUUUGGAGAACUAUUUUUAGAUCAUAAGUUCACCAAUCUUGAUGUAUAUUAAAAUGAUAAAAGGCCUUGUACAAAUAGGCUCCUCUGUUAAAUAUAUUUAACAAAAAACUGUGGAUUGUUGAUACAUAAAUAAACAUCGUAAUCUUCCUUGAGUCGGUUUUCACUACUAAAUGUAUAUAUUUAGUAUAGAAUAUGACUUUAAAAUAGCAGAUUUGGCUCUUAAAAGUA